UGUAAGCCAAUUCCUUAUACUACGUAUGUGUAUAGCAAGGUCACGUGUUCCUUGUUGACAACAAAACGGCACCACAAUGGCACUUCAGGAAGACGAUGUUAUAAUUCCAAACCUCAUUGCCCCAUGUGAUCAUGACGAGAAAUCAGACGAGGAUUCGAAUAACGAUAAUGAUGAUGUACCACUUUCUCCAAAGCAGCACAGGAAGAUUGAUCCAGGCUUCCUGCCAAACGAUGUUGUACUGGUAAUUGAGGAUGAACAUCUACAUGUAAACAGAGCCUUACUAGAAUCUGCUUCACCUGUUUUUGCUGCUUUGCUUAAAAAAGAGUGGCAAAAAGAGGAAUGCAGUAUUGAUACAAAACAGGAGCUGAAGUUCCCUGGGAAAACAUAUGAUGAUAUGGUCACAUUCCUAAAAUGUCUUCUGCCUAAUUUCCCUGACAAAGUUACAGAUGAAACACUCGAUACAGUGCUACCUUUGGCAGAUGAGUAUCGGACAGAAAAAUUGAUCACAGAAUGUGUGGAAGUAAUCCGACAACGCGUGGAGUCUGUCUCCGAGGCGGAUGUCUACAUACCGCCAUCUCGAAUUGUCACAUACCUACUCUGGAUCGAAAAGUACAACUUUCAAACGUUGAAAGAACUGGUUGUGAAGUUAGCUUCGUGCCUAAACAACAAAGUACUUGAAGCAGAACCAGGCUACAAAAAUAUCAGUCUUACACAUCAGAUGGAGAUAUCUACAACUAGAGCAAAUCUACUUUCGAGUCUUUUUGUGAGAAAUGUAACUGAAGCCAAAGGUAAGCUGCUUUAG